AUGGAAGAAACAUUUGGGCCAUACGCGCCUAUGAAGCAGUUUGUGUUGUGCUUUGAUGGGACAGGGAACAAGUUUUCCGGCGAUGGGUCGGACACAAACCUGGUGAAAAUUUAUCGAAUGUUAGAUCGCAGUCAAAGCCACCAGUACCAUUAUUACCAGCCUGGAAUUGGCACAUAUGUAUCAUCGCGCUCACUCGCCAGCAAAGGGCGAUUAGAGCGCAUCAAAUCCGCCUACAAGAAAGGGAUUGACGCAGCCCUAGGUUCUUCGUUCGACGAGCAUGUUAUAGGCGGAUACACGUUUCUGAUGAGAUAUUAUGUUCCUGGCGAUGAUAUUUACUUCUUUGGCUUCAGUCGAGGCUCGUAUACGGCCCGAUUUCUAGCGGAGAUGCUGGACUUUGUCGGCCUCCUUCAACCAGGCAAUGAAGAACUGAUUCGAUUUGCAUGGAAAACUUUCGCAAGAUGGCAACAGCGGAAAGACGCGACGAGGCAAGAUCAUGAAGAGAAGCAUAGGCUGUUCACGUUCAUGAAGGCAUUCCGAGAGACUUUUAGUAGUCCUGUCGGGCGGAUUCGAUUCAUGGGCUUGUUCGAUACGGUCAACAGUGUUCCUAUGUUUGAGAAUGCUUGGAUGGAGAGAAACAAAUUCCCGUAUACGGCUUAUAGUACUGCUAGGGUGAUUCGGCAUGCUGUCUCGAUUGACGAGCGUCGUGCCAAGUUUCGACAAGAUUUGAUUGCUGAAGCUACUCGAUUUCGACUACCGGGUCAUACCCAUAGACUGAGACACCUUCUGGACCAUGCGAAGUCGAGUGUCCCUGAAAUCGUUCUCAAUGUGCCCGAACAUGACAAUAUUGUGGACGAGAAGGAAGUCCGAGCUUCGCGCCUGGAUUCAAAUGGAGAAGAACGAUAUAGAGCUCCUUCACCAUCGCCGAGGCGAAGAGCUAGUACGGAGACCCCGACUCAAAAUGGUCUCAUGCCUGACAUAGCAUCGCUUAAAAGCAGCGUUUCGAAAACUUCUCUACAGGUUCCAAACAUCAAGAUUCCCGGAAAUGUUUACGAUGAUGACGAGGACGAUGAGCAGGAUAUCUAUAUUGGAGGUGGUUGGCAGCUCAAUCCGGAGGACAAAUGGCCACUUAGCCACAUUCCUCUCGUGUGGAUGGUUAAGGAAGCUCAACACGUAGGGCUUGAAUUUGAUGCCGGAAAAUUCAAACGUUUCAAUUGCUACGAAGAGCCGACAGGCGAGUUUCUUCAGGCUAAGGAUAUAAUGGUCUCUAAUGGCCCUGGAUCAAACAGAAAUAAAAAUCAUUGUCGGGAGAAAAACGCUUUCAAAGAAACUUACACUCAGACUAUGGACCAUGGAAUUGUUCAUGACUGUCUCACAUAUGCGGGAGGCUCAUCCUUCUCCUCAACCUUCGCAUGGCGUUUAAUGGAAUAUCUCCUAUUUCGAAGAAUGGAUCUUCAAACGGAUGGGUCUUGGGAGCCAAUAAGAUGGCCAUUACCCCGUGGAGAGACGCGUGAUAUUCCCGAUGACGCUCAGAUUCACGUGUGUGCUAUUCACCGCAUGCAAAUCGAUCCCAACUACCGACCGGGAAACCUCAUUAUCAGAGGUGGUGGGCGAGGUGUCAAGCGCGCCGACGAGAAAUACAUAAUUGGGGAAUGGGAAAUUUGCAAGCAUGAUGACGAUCCCGUUAGACAGACUUAUAUUCGCAAAAAGCGAGAGAACGUAUGUCAAGAUAUUCCACCUUCGGCUUAG